CAUAGCUUCGCGCUUUUCUCUAUGCACUCUACUCUCCCUCACUUUCCGCUUUUCCUCUCUCUUGAAUAAAGCCUUCUCUCCCUUCACACUCUCUCUUUAGAGCAAACAAAUCUUUUAAUUCCUCUUCUUCACCCAAUUCCUUCCUGCUCCUUCUUGGCUUAUAGUCUAGUAAAGCAAUGGCAGCACAAGACGGUCAAGAAGACCACCCUGAACGCCUCAACUACAAGACAUGGGUCCUGAAAGUUUCCAUUCACUGCGAAGGCUGCAAAAGGAAAGUCAAGAAAAUUCUACAACAAGUCCCUGGAGUGAAUGCUAUAGAUAUUGAUCUCAAGCAACAGAGAGCGACAGUAACUGGGAACGUAGAAGCAGAAUCUUUACUCAGGAAACUACAAAAGUCUGGCAAACACGCCGAAUUAAUACCCCAACAGUCUACUGAUCACAAGGAGAAAAAGCCUUCUAAAUCCAAGAACAAAGAUAAACAAAAUGGCCCACAAAACAAAGAAGCACCAACAACUAGCCAAUCCGAAACCAGUACCCACAAAGAUGUCAAAUCAACUGAGAAAAAUGUAGUACCCAAAGAACCUUCUGGAAAAACUCAAGAUGCUAGCAAUGAAAUACCCAAAAAGAGUGAACAAUCCAGUACCGGUUCAACUAAACCGGAGGAAAAAACCGGCACCGGCGCCGGUGAUGAACCGGCAGAGUCUAAGGAUAAUGUAGGCGGUGAUGAAACGGUAAAGGAAUCAAAAUCUGAAGGGAAAAAGCUGGUAACCGACUCAGCCGGUAAACAACAAAUUCCUAGUGAUAAUGCUUCUGUUAGUGGCGAAAAAAGCGGUGAUGGCCCAGGUGGUGAAGCAAAUAGCACUACUGGUAAAAAGAAGAAAAAGAAAGGGCAAAACAGUAACAACACCGAGGGCACACCAUCAAUUGUUGUUCCUGCUGGUCCAGAAUUCGAACAUCAUAACAUGGGACCACAAAUUUCUGCUCCAGCCAAUCAUAGCCCUCCACGUCAUCCAGGUUAUCAUUAUUACCCACAGCAGGGCCCUCAAUACUACGCCCCACCACCAGCAUACGUUGUUAGCUACAAUACCGCACAACCUACGAGCAACUAUACGGCGUCGUAUUAUGCUCCAACACCUCCAACUUCGUAUGCGUAUACGUAUUCUGGUCCUGUUACGGUACCUCCACCGUCCGAUGUGGAUACCUAUCCACGCCAGCCGUUAGAUUCGUUUGAAAUGUUCAGUGAUGAAAAUCCAAAUGGAUGCUUUAUUAUGUAAUGGAAUUACAUGUAUAACGGCUUAUACUACUUGUAUAAGUACAAGUAUAAGAGGGUUUUGUUUUCGGUUUUUUAUUGUAGAUAUUUAAGUAGAAAAAUGCAGAGAUUAGGGUAUAAUUUAGAAAAUGCCAGGUGCUAGUGUUGGGGGGCUUUAAUCUUUUAGUGGGUUGUUGCUUCUUUGUUGAAUGUUUUAGCUUUAUUUAGUAGACUAUAUUUCGUUUUUUAGUCUAAA